UCAUCACAACAAAAUAACAAAAGCAAAAGACACAAAAUAAACCAACCACCUUAAAAUUGUCAGCUUCAAUAAAGAAAUCAUCAUAUAUAUAUUUAUUCUCUCCCAAGUGUUUGUCUCCCUUCAACUUCAACUUUAACUAUGGAGAAUAUUGGUGAAGAAUACAAGCAUUAUUGGGAGACCAACAUGUUCCUCCAAACCCAAGAGCUUGACAGAGAUGGUUGUGGUGGCAGCUGGGGAUUGGAUGAGGCUUUUUCAGGGUACUAUGACUCAAGCUCCCCUGAUGGUGCAGCAUCAUCAGCAGUGUCCUCUAAGAACAUUGUCUCUGAAAGGAAUAGGAGGAAGAAACUCAAUGAAAGACUCUUUGCACUUAGAUCAGUGGUCCCCAAUAUUAGCAAGAUGGAUAAGGCUUCAAUUAUUAAGGAUGCUAUUGAGUACAUACAACACUUGCAUGAACAAGAGAAGAUUAUUCAAGCUGAGAUAAUGGAGCUUGAAUCUGGGAUGCCUAAUAAUAAUAAUAAUAAUAAUAUUAAUCCAAGCAAUGAUUUUGAUCAAGAACUUCCUAUUUUGCUGAGGUCCAAGAAGAAGAGAACAGAUCAAUUAUAUGACUGUGUCACUUCAACAAGCUUCCCAAUUGAAGUUCUUGAGCUUAGGGUAACAUACAUGGGAGAAAAUACAAUUGUUGUGAGCUUGACAUGUAGCAAAAGGACAGACACAAUGGUAAAAUUGUGUGAAGUGUUUGAAUCUUUAAAGCUCAAAAUUAUUACUGCCAACAUCACUUCUUUUUCAGGCAGGCUUUUGAAGACAGUCUUCAUUGAGGCAAAUGAAGAAGAGAAAGAUCUAUUGCAAAUAAAGAUCCGAACAGCCAUUGCAGCUCUUAAUGAUCCUCUAAGCCCUGUGAGCAUCUAAUGAAGUGCAUAUAAAUAUAUUUCUCAUUUUGAAGCCACUAGAGUAUAAGUAGAAGGUCGAGGAACAGUGGAUUUCAGGGUUUAUUUAGGAGGUUCUAUUUAGUUUCUUAUCCCUUUCUUCUUCCUUAGUGUUCCCAUUAUUGUGAAGCCCUCGAGUGUUUGUUAUCUUGGAAAGUUUGCAAGUUUUUCUCCCUUUUCAUCCAUUUGUGUUGUUACAUGUUAUGUUAUGCUAAAUAUAAUAAAAGUUCAUUUCAAAUUAUCGUAGAUAUUUA